CUACAUGUAGGAUUUGUCAUUCAUAGUAUUACCGUAUACAGUUAGUUAUUUCGUUAGUCGGUGGUUGUGCCCAUUGAGCAUUGGUGAAUAAAGCGAGAAAAUAUUUUCCACAACUUGCGCAUUGUGUUUUAUAAAUUUGAUGACAUGAAUACAAAAUAUAGUGCCCGCCAAUAAUGAUUUCGAAUCUUAGAAAGAAAUUAAAGUUUUUUUUAAUUUUUAUUACGCUCGCCGCUGCCUUGAAAUAUCCAAAACUAAUUGCAUAUUUCUUCCUUAGGCCUAUAUAUUAUAUGAAUUUAAAGGAUUUAACCAUCUCCAAUAUGUUAUAUGUACAACGUGAUUUUCUAAUUAUAUACAUUUAAAGCAUUUAACCAUCCCAUUACUACACUGUUUACCAAUAAAACAAGAUAUAAAAGGUACGUAGUGUUAGUAUAUUUUUUAUUGUACAAUGUGUGAAAAAUUUUACUACAAUCAGUGCAAGGACCAACAACAACCUGGAAGGUUGGCAUUACCGCCUAAACCACAGAGGAAGACGAGGGGACAAUAUCAAUUAAUACAGGUUUAUUUAUAGUAAAACAAGCUCUUGCAGUGUAACUUAUCAACUCCCCCAACAAUGUCGCAGAAUGAAGAUUAUGGCAUGUUCAAAACAGUGUUCACUGAGAUUCAGAUGAUCGGUGAAGAUAAAUACUCACUGGAUAUAGGUGCACCAGGAGUCAAGAUACUCCGGUCAGCCGCCACAUUUUUGCUGAAAGCUACGGAGAUGAGAUUAGAAAGGGAGAUAUCUGGCGAUGGGGAUUUACUACAGUAUGGGAGUAGGAUGGGAGAUCCCGAUUACAGAACAAAUCUCGCCAAAUUUCUUUCAGAAGAGUAUGAUGAUAAUGUUGAUCCAAAAUCGCUGUUUACUACAUCUGGUGCAACGUCCGGUUUAUCUUUACUUGCUAGCACGUUCUUCAGUUCAGGAGACUACAUUUUCACUGAGGAUCCCACAUUCUAUCUAGUCAACGGAAUUGUUAGCAUUGACCUCGGAUUGAAAACUGUACCCAUUCCACUUGAUGAUAAUGGAAUAAACUUAGAGACACUGGAGCAAGAAAUUAAACGAAGGAAGCCAGAUGCUUUUCAACCAACUGCCAAACGGCCGUUCUGGGCUUUGUUAUACGUCAUUACUAUCUAUCAAAACCCCACAGGACUAUGUUAUUCAAAAGAGAAAUGUGAGAAGCUGGUGAAAAUUGCACGAGACUACAACAUGUUGGUCAUUAGCGACGAUGUAUAUAAUUUGCUGUGCUUUGAGAAGGACGGUGAUGAUUUCAAGAGAGCGCCACCAAGGCUAUACCAGUACGACGUGAAAUCUGACAAAGACUAUUUUGGCAAUAUUGUAUCGAAUGGCAGCUUCUCUAAAUUACUAGGUCCUGGACUGCGACUGGGGUGGAUUGAAGCGCCAACUGUUGUGCUAAACAAGCUUAUGAUGAAUGGUUGUUUGUCUAGCUCAGGCUGUUUGAAUCACUAUACAUCUGGAAUCGUUGGAAGUUCAUUAAAUACUGAUUUGUUCAACAAUUAUUUAUUGAUGGUCAGAAACACAGGAAAGGAGAAACUUGAUGCUGUGACUGAAGUUCUUCAAAAACACUGUCCGAAGAAUGUGAAGUACAAAAUACCAAAGGGUGGAUACUUCAUAUGGAUAGAGUUACCAAGUUUUGUUGACACACAAGAGCUGAAUGAGGAUUGUAAAAGAUUCCACAAUAUAUCAUGCAAUCCCGGAAUACUGUGCUCAAUAUCAAGGGGCUACCACAAUUGUCUCCGUAUAUGCUUCAUGUAUUAUUCGCCUGAAGAACUUCGCAAUGCCAUAAAGAAGUUACUUGAGACCAUCAAAUUACGACUGAAGAGGGCAGCCGAUAAUAAUGAAGUCAUCAAAUAGAUUAAGGUGCUACUCAAGUGGAAAAAAGAAUGAUGCCUGUCUCAUUUUAGCGAGUUUGUGUUUCCUUUGCCGGUUAGUUAUUACAUCAUUGAGGUAUAAUUGUUAUAUCAUGGAGAUAAAUUCUCUUUGUUUACAUAAGAGAGCGGCAACAAUUCAUUCUUACAAAAAUGUAAGUGGUUAGAUAGACAGGGAAAAAGGUGUCGACCUUGGAGUUUUAUACAUAAAUGUAGGCUGAAAGGACUGAUUUUAAAGCAUACUUGUGUAAAUUUUACGCAAAGGAAUUUGAUAAUGAAUAGUGUAUUGAUGAAAUAUGUGAAGGGAAAUCUAUUAUGUUACUUCUGUACCUUACAGAAUAAAAAACAAAUAUUUAAAGUAUA